AUGAUUUGUGUCUUUGUUGUUUAUUUUAUUCAUAAAAUUUUUUUUAAUUUUAAGGUUUUGACUGCCAAUAUAGGGAUUUUAUUAGAUUUAUACGGUGUCGAAAAAGGUUUGGAUCAUUAUAGGAGUACGAAUACUUUAAAUUUUGAACAUUUUAAAUAUUACUUACAAAAUGAGGUUUUUUGCAAUGUGCCUAAUAAUCUCACUCUUAAAGAAAUGCAAGAAUUGGAAGGAAAAAUUGAAGAAGUCUGUUGGUUAGUCUGCAGAAAGCAUUAUUUGAAUAAAGAAAAUCAUAGACUUUCAGAAUCGUCCAUGUAUCAUUUAUUUAGAAUAUUUUGCUUCUUAUCCGAUUUAAUACCUGUAGAAAAUAAUCGUUUUCAGGUAUUGAUGCAUUCGAGUGAAAUAGCUAGAUUGGCAUCGGAUUUAGCAUGUUUAUUGGGAUUGGAAUGGGGUCUUGAUGACAUUGAAGCUUUAAAUUCUAUGGAUGAUUCUUUUCAAUUUUCUCUUUUUCUCGCCUUUUUCGAAGGGAAAUUUGGAUCCGUGGUCGAAUGUGAGCCUCUCAAAGAAGGAAUUAGCGAAUUGUAUCACACAUUAAUCGGUGACAUUAUAAAAAAAGGAAAUUUAUUUAAGAAAGGUUAUCUAUUGCCCACAUUUAGAGAAUAUUGGUUUGUUCUUCAAACAACCGAACUGAGCUAUUAUAAAACGAGAGAUGAAAAAGAUCCCUGCGGUUGCAUAGCAUUAUGUUCGGAAUCAAGAGUGGAUCCUUCUCCUUAUUCUGGUAAAGAUAAAUUACACAGAAUAUUAAUUCAUAGCAUGGAGAGAACUUUUGAAUUAGCCACAAUAGAUCACAAAACUAGAUUGCAGUGGAUUUCAGCUAUACAGUUGGCAAUUAAUAAUUCGGGUGGAAAUGAAAGUUACCAAAGAAUACAAGCGAUGAGAAGACGAGCACAAAGGAUUGCAGGAACUUUGAAAAUCGAAGAAGAAGUUUCAAGGCAAAACAGUCAAAUAAAAGAAAUGGAAUCAACAAAACAAAAACUCAAAGAAGAAAUAGAGGCUAGAGUAGCAGCCGAUCAAAAAGCCAAAGAAUUACAAGAUUCGCUUGAAGAACAACAAAAGAGAGCAAAAGAAUUAAUUGCCAUACGUAAUAAACUUGAAAAAUUAUUGGAAGAAGAAACACAGUCGAAAAGAGACGAAGAAAUCGUAAGAAAUUUACAAGCUCGAGUACUGAGAGAAGAAUGGGAAAAACGUGAAGAAUUGGAAAGACUGCAAGACGAACAGAAAAAAAUGCUCGAAGAGGAAAGGGAAAAAAGAGUGGAAUUUGAAAGGUUGCAACGUGAAAAAGAAGAACAAUUGAAAGAUGCACAAAUUCGACUUCAAGCAUUAGAAGAAGAGAGACAAGCUUUAGAUCAAGAAUUAAAUGCGGCUAGAGAAAAAAUUCUCUCGUCUGAAAGAUCGAAAGAAAUAUUAGAAGCUCAAAUCAGGGUCAUAGGUUCGCAUAUAAGAGACACUGAUAGAUUUAGAAGAGCAAUGUCUUUUGUAGACACGGUGAAAAAUCAACAAUUUUUCGAAUCGCAAUUAUUACCAUUGAAAAAAACAAAUACCAAUCAAAAUAAUAAUUAA